AUGUUACCAAAGUUAGUUAUUAACGACGAGGGCGGAAAAAUGUUAAUCAGCAAUCGGCCCAGGUUAUUGCCUUUCCUUACACUCAAAUCAUUAGCCGAGCUCUAUACUUUGGAAGUAAUUUACGAAGUCGAUGGUUCAAAAUUGUCACAACAGUAUUCAUUUAUUUUCCCUGGUCAGUGGGUCACUGAUUGCUUAUUCGUAUGUCGUGUUGUUGACAAAUUACAUCAUAUUAGUUCUGAUUUGCCUAAUAAAUAUCCUCAGAAAAAAUAA